AUGCGCCUUUGCACAAUUGCAGGAUCGCAAAGGACUCAAACUCUGAGUCGUAAAUUUUCAGACGCCUACGCAGACCGCGAGGACUACAACAAGGACGCGUUCUGUGAUGAACCCAAUACGUUGAUACCCAAGAUACCAAGCCAGAAAACGAUAAUUGUCGGAGUUGAUGGGAUUGCAAAAACGGGACUCGAACAACAAUUCGAUGCGCUUGGAAAAUGGUUCUUUCCCAUGGAACAGACAUGGAACAACGGAAAUCUUUUCAAAGACUCUCGUGAGCAAAGAGUCCACAUUAUUGCAUCCACGUUCAAGAGGAAUCGUCGACGCCAUCAGCUUACGUGGCAUGGGACAACCCCAUUAAUGCCAGAAGAGCAGCGAAAGCGGAAGCCGACUCUUAAGCUUUAG